CUCAUAUAAAUAAAAGGAAAAAUUAUCAAAUUACACACCUUAUAUUCUUAUAUUUUCAAUUAUUCCCUAUCAUUUGUAAAAAUUUCAAAAAUCCCUCUUCUAAUACAUAUGAAUGACGCUGAUACAUCGCGAUUUGAUACAUAAGUCAUUUUCAUGAUACAUCGCUAGUUGAUACAAACCAUGUAUCAAUAAAAAACCAGAUUUUGAUGGAUUCAAUUAUGUCCAUGCUUUCAUGAUUUUAUUGGAAUCCAUCAUAGCAUGAGCAGGGGCUCUAACAAACUUGAAGACACUUGUUUUACGGUGGUGUAAGAAUUUGGAAGAGGUUCAUCCCUCUCUUGGACAUUGCAGAAUGCUUACUUAUUUGAGUUUGGAUGAUUGUCGCAAACUUAAGAAGCUUCCAAAAUUUGUCUGCAUGGAAUCUCUUGAGGCUCUCAAUCUCCUUGAAUGCACAAGCUUAGAAGAAUUUCCAGAAAUCUGUGGAGAUAUGCGUAGCUUAUCAAAACUCAGUCUAGGAUCCCCGUGGAUAAGAAGCUUACCCCCAUCUCUCAGCGGCCUUAGAGAGAUACAAUUGACUGAUUGUGAAAUUCUUGAAAGUAUUCCGGACGCUUUUCGAAAUCUUAGAGAUCUCCGUAUUUCAGGUUGCAAUAAACUUGCAGCACUGCCAAACAGCCUCUUUGAAUCACAGAAAUUGGAAUUUCUUGAGAUAUCCCGAUGUUCUGGAUUGGUAAAGCUCCCCAUAUCUCUUGGAGUUCAAAAGAAGCUCCGUUUGUUAGAGAUAGAUAGAUGUGAGAACUUAAAGGAGCUUCCAAGCUCUAUUCAGCUGAAAUCCCCUCAUGAGCUCAAGAUAUCUAAUUCCCCAAAAUUAUGUACAUUUCCCGAAUUCAAAGGAGAUAUGCAUUGCUUGAGAGAACUGACUCUGAAUUCUACUGGGAUAAGAGAAGUACCUUCAUCCAUUGGGAAUCUGAGCGGCCUUAAAGCUCUCUAUCUGGAAGGUUGUGAAGAUCUUGUAAGUCUACCAGACAGCCUCUGUAAUUUGAUGAAUCUCCACACUCUUAUCCUCUGCAGGUGCAAAAAGCUAGAGAAGCUUCCUGAAAACAUUGGUGAUUUGCAAGAGUUAGAGGAACUUGAUGCGAGAGAAACUGCAAUCUCCCAACCACCUCCCUCCAUCACCAAGCUUUGCAAACUGCAGAAGUUAAGAUUCUCACAUGAACAACAAUUUCAACAUUCCCCAAGUUUCGUCUUGCAUCAAGUGUCAGGUUUAUCCUCCUUGACAUCACUUGAUCUUAGUAAUUGCAACAUAUUGGGUGGACUUCUUGAGGAUUUAGGAUCUUUGCACUUGUUGGAAAAGUUGAAUGUAAGUGGAAGCAAUAUUUCUUGUUUACCAAAAAGCUUCAAAAGGACUCUUACACCUUGAGCAUCUGAACGUACAAUUCUGUGAGAAUCUUAAUGAACUGCCAGGAGAGCUACCCCAAAAAUUAAAGGAGCUAUUUGCAGAUUAUCAUUUAGCCUUGAAGAGUAUCAGAGAUCUCGUAAUUGAUUAUCUUAAGCUGUUUAAGCGCUCGAUAUCCGACUGUGGAACUGUCAGGACAUGCAUCUAGAUUUUGAUCUAUCCGGCCCGCUCAUAUAUGAAUGUUGAAUAUUCUCAUCAAAUUGAUUUCUAUUAAUAAUAUUUUCUAUUGCAUGCAGUGUGACUUCCACCAAAGAGAUUAUUUUCUCAUUUGUUUUCCUGAUCAAGUCAGAAUUCCAGAGUUGUUCGAUUAUGAUCGGUUUAUCAAUCAAAAAGAGAUCUCAAUUGAUCUGAACCCAUCUUGGUAUACCGAUAAAUUCAUGGGUUUUUGGAUAAGUUACGGUCCUACUACAAAGUACAGAAGAUUAAGAGCUACAUUGGUCUGCAAAUCUGACCCUGAAAGAAAAUAUUCCUUGAAGUAUUACAUCCAUGAAACAUUGUCGUCCUUGUAUCCUUUCAUUUGUUGCGCCUACGUACCAUUUGAAACAUUGUGGCAUGCUUCUGGCAAUAAACAAGGGAAGAACACAAACGAUUAUUACAUGUUGGAGGUAUCUCAAUUGGGCACCCCGGAGAAAGAACUAUGCUGGGGAAUUCGCCUGGAGUUUGAAAAGGAUGCAACGAGUGAUGCAAAGGUUUGUUUAUGAGUUGUUUUAGAUCACAAAUUUUAAAUAGUAUGGAAAGAAUAUGUUCUACAUUGUUGGUACAGUUGUAUCAAUGAUAGAUGGAUGAAAUUUUUAUUUAUAAUGAUGGUGUUCGAGUGAGAAACAACUUAUCUACCCUUAUAAGGUAAGUUAGCUUGCGUACACACCAUCCUCUCAAGAUUCCACUUGUGAGAUUUCAUUAAAUAUGCUGUU